CCCUCUUCACCUGGCUCCGUCUCGUCCGGUACACGGUUCCCGAUUACUAACUAUGUUCAUUAUGAUAAGUUGCAUAACAGGUACAAGGGCUUUCUUGGUGCUAUUGAUGCUUCUCCGGUUCCCACAUCAUAUCGGGAAGCUGUACGAAACUUUGGCAGAAAGGAAAAAAAGGGGAAGAAAGGGUAUCUCAUCUAGUUGUUUGAGAUGGCAGAAGACGGAAAGUUUCGAAUUGAGAAGUUCGAUGGUACGGAUUUCAGUUGGUGGAAGAUGCAAAUUGAAGAUUUGCUGGUUCAGAAAGAUUUGGACAUAGUUUUGGGUGACAAGCCAGAAAAAAUGUCGGAUGCAGAUUGGGCAAGUUUGGAUCGGAAAGCUAUGUCAGUGAUCUGUCUCUCGUUGACCAAGAAUGUUGCGUUCAACAUUCUGAAGGAGAAGACAGCGAAGGGAAUUAUGGAAGCGCUGUCUAACAUGUACGAGAAGCCAUCUGCUGCUAACAAAGUUUUUCUGAUAAGAGAGCUGGUGAACACAAAAAUGAAAGAAGGCACUUCAGUUACCGAGCAUAUCAACAAGUUGAAUUCGAUCUUAGCCAGACACUUGUCAGUGGGCAUUAAGUUCGAUGAUGAAGUUCAAGCUUUACUACUGCUAUCGUCUUUACCUGAUAGUUGGUCCGGAACGGUUACAGCAGUUACCGGUUCAGUGGGACCCGAUGGAUUCACCUUUGAUCAGAUUCGAGAUCUCGUUCUUGGCGAGGACGUCAGAAGAAAGAGUUCCGGGGAAUCAUCUGGUGAAUUGCUUCAUGUUGGUAGAGGCAGAAGAAAUAGCAGAUGUAGUGGGAGCAGGAACAGACAAAGGAGUCAGUCGAAGACUCGUGACAGCUCAGGUGUAACGUGCUCGAAGUGCAAGGAGGUAGGGCAUUUUAGGAAUCAAUGUCCGAAUGAUAAGAAAGUAAACAUUGCUCAAGGCUCUGCGAGUGACGAGGAGGUCGCUCUGACUUGCUGUGAGGAAAGCAAUGUGGAUUCCUGGGUCAUGGAUUCUGGUGCUUCAUUUCAUGCUACCCACAGUGGUGAAGCAUUGCAGAAUCUAGUUUUUGGAGACUUUGGAAAGGUACGACUAGCAGACGACAGAGCUCUUGAGGUGACGGGCAUGGGUGACAUGGUGUUGAAGACCCUAGUCGGUUUCUGGACUUUGAAGGAUGUCAGAGUGGUUCCAGCCUUGAAGAAAAGUUUGAUUUCUGUCAGGCAGUUGGACGAACAGGGACACGAGGUGAAGUUCAGAGAUGGGCCGUGGAAGGUCAUAAAGGGAAAUCUUGUCAUGGCCCGCGGAAGAAAGAGUGGUUCGCUGUAUAUGGUCGAGUUACCAUCUGAGGGAGUGACCGUCCCAGUUCAGAAGAAAAACGAAGUCCGGUUCACAGAGUCUCGUGGGCAGAAUAAGGUUGUCUGUGCAAGAGAGAAACCUAGAGCCACUGGUCAGACUCAGGAUGAACGAGCGUGGAAAGGUUCAAGGAGGCCAGUCAGAGGUAUUUGUGGCAGUGAGAGCUCAAGAGGCGCUUCAGCCAAGUUGCCUAGAAGACAGUGGGUUAGGAGAACCAGUAUUCCAGCUGUUGGAACAUCUCCAGAAAAUUUCUUGCUGAGUAUGGAGAGUGUUUGUUCUCAGGAUGUUCCAGGAUCCGGCAGUGUGCGUCUGCAGUGGGAGCCGGUAGGGACCGAGGACGAGUCAGGGGCAGAUUUUGCCGUGACUGAUGUAGGUAUUUGUGGCAGUGGGAGCUCAAGAGGCGCUUCAGCCAAGUUGCCUAGAAGACAGUGGGUCAGGAGAACCAGUAUUCCAGCUGUUGGAACAUCUCCAGAAAAUUUCUUGCUGAGUAUGGAGAGUGUUUGUUCUCAGGAUGUUCCAGGAUCCGGCAGUGUGCGUCUGCAGUGGGAGCCGGUAGGGACCGAGGACGAGUCAGGGGCAGAUUUUGCCGUGACUGAUGUGUUGGAGCUUGGGAGAGCUUCAACGGGCCUUUCAGUUGUCUGAUGUUAGGGCCGCUGCAAUAGGAGAGCUGAGGAAGAUUACUCGAUGUACAGGGAAUCAUGGUGGAUGGCAGUUGAUGACUAUCAAGCCUCCAAGUGGGAGAAUGUUGGGUUUGUGGAGGCUUGGGCUUGACUUUUGGCCCGGCCCAUUUUACGAAACCCUAGAUGCACUCUUCCAAUAUAUAUUGCAUACUUGU